GAACAGCCUCACUUCCUCUUGGGAUGCCUGAGGAGGUGCGUGACUUUGCUUCGGCAGCUGCCUUGGGCCUGGCGAGUGAGGAAUCUUUCAGACCCGAGCACAAGUCAAGGUAUCGACUUCACAGCAGUAGAAUAGAGGAGGCCCAGGACCUGCCGAGGGUUGAGAAGAUGAUCCUGAAGUUAAACAGAGAAGACUCCUCCACGAGCCCAGAACAGAAGUUCCCCACUGGCAGCCUCUGAUGUCACCCCAGUAUACCCCAGGCGGGGCUGGCAGACAGCAGUGAAAGGUCCCCUUCCUCUACAGGGUUCUCAGAGGACAGCCUGAUUAGAACAGGAACCUUGUGGGUCCACGGAGCAGUGCCCUCGAGUAAACCCGCAGAAGCAGCCUCAGUUAAAGCCAACGUAGAAACUCCCUACCGAAGGUGCUUACAUCAUCUCAUUCUCUUUCCUCCAAGUGCUCACAUCUCCUGAUCUCCUGUUCAUACACCUGCCUGCUGCUUGUCACCAUAGUGCAUCAUGCCUCGGAGUCAGAAGAGUAAGCUCCAGGCUUCUGAGAAACGCCGCCAGGCUCAAGCUGAGGCUCAGGCUGGUGAGAAUGCUCAGGCCACAGCAGCAGUAGAAAAGGAGUCCACUCCCUCCUUUCCUCCUCAGUACGAAGAUACUGCCCAGAUUCUGCCUCCUGUUAGGGCAAGUAGCACUUCCCAGUGGUAUCGAAGAGCACAAGCCACCACCUUUACUUCUGUAGGUGCUUCUUGGGCUAGAUCUGAUGCAGAGUACAACAACCAAGAUUAUGAUAGAGCAAAUGCCUACGAGGCCGCCUACUACACUGAGAACGUAGGUGAAGAUUCUUUGACCAGGAAGCCUGGCCUGCUGGAGCAGUUCCUUCUGUACAAGUAUAAAAUGAAGCAACCCAUUUUGAAGGAAGACAUGCUGAAGAUUAUCGGCCAUCAUUAUGAAGACCAAUUUCCUGAGAUCCUCAAGAAAGCCUCUGAGCGCAUUGAGAUUGUCUUCGCAGUCGACCUGAAGGAAAUUGACUCAACCAGACAAUCGUAUGACCUUAUCAGCAAACUCAAACUCCCCAACAACGGGAGGGUGCGUGCUGGCAGGGGGUUACCCAAGACCGGUCUGCUGAUGAAUAUCCUGGGAAUGAUCUUCAUGAAGGGCAACUGCGCUGCUGAGGAAGACAUCUGGAAGUUCCUGGGUAUGAUGCAAGUAUAUGCCGGGAGGAAGCACUUCAUCUACGGAGAGCCCAGGAAGCUCAUCACCAAAGACUUGGUGAGGCUGCAGUACCUAGAGUACCGCCAGGUGUCUAACAGUGAUCCUCCACGCUAUGAGCUACUGUGGGGUCCGAAAGCUCAAGCUGAAACCAGCAAGAUGCAAGUCCUGGAAUUUCUGGCAAAAGUCAACGAUACCAUCCCCAGUGCUUUCCCAUCUUAUUAUGAAGAAGCUCUGCGAGAUGAGGAGGCCAGAGCUAGCGCUAUUGCCAAAGUCAUUGCAUCUUCCAGGGCUAUGCCCUGGAAUAUCUUUCCACCCUUAGUGAAACCUGAGUUUUGUUAUUAUCUAGAUAAGAAAAUAUAACAUCACAAUAGGAAUUAUAUUAUUAGCAAUAUGAAAGAAUCUCAUGAUAAAAUAGUAAGAAUAAUGGAAUGGAAAAAAAUUAAACAUGAUUAAUUCAGUUUUAUUUGUUCAUUUAGUCUUUAGUUUUACAAAAUUAAAGGAUUUAUUCUUCGAUUUUGUUAAUUUGUUCAAGAAAGAAAUUAAAUCUCAAGAAACUGUAGUUUAUGUUUACUGGUUGUUUGUCACAGUGAAUAUCUGCUCAUGGGUAGGCUCAGUGUUAGUACUUCAGAUGCAAAUAUAAAGGAAAUCCAGCCUUUACUCAGAAUUUGAGAGCCUGUGAGCUCCACUCAGACAAGUGAGCAUUGAAAUAACCUCUGUGGCCCACAGGUCGAGUCAAAGGAAUGAGUGAGGAGGAGGGUCAUCUUUUUGAGAUAAUUAUGUGGAAAUUUCCUGAGCCAUGCAGUUUGGGACUUUAGGAACCUGCCAGGCCUCAGUGGGAUGUAAUUCUCAUUUACAGUGUGUGGUGGACUAGCUGAGAUUGUGGAAUCGGUGGGUAGAGGCCAGAACCCCUCAACGGUAUACUUGAGAACUGUGAGACAUCACCCUGUGUUAGUCUGUCUGGCCGCUAUAACAACAUACCAUGGAUCCGACGACGUAAACAACAGACAUUUUCACAGUUAAGGAGGCUGGGAAGUUUACAAACAAGGUGCCAGCAGACUCGAUUUCUUGUGAGAGGCCUUUUCCUACCUUACAGAUGGCCACCUUCUCCAUGUGUCCUCACAUAGUACAGGGAGAAAGUUCUGGUUUCUUUUGCUCUUAGGAGAACACUAAUCACAUCAUGAGUAUGCUAUCCUCAUGACCUCAUCUAAACCAAAUUAUCUCCCAAAGAUUCUACCUCCAAUUACCUUCACACUAGGUGUUAGGGCUUCAACAUAGGCAUUUGGUGAAAAGGGACAAAAGCAGUCAGUCUUUAUAACAAAACUGGUGCUAGGAGUUACUGUGGGAUUGUGGGUCAACCAAAGAGAAAUCAUCACCUGGGAUAGGAAAGGAAGGUGUCCUUUGUUCCUAUUCCAGUGCAGAUGAAUGCAGCAUGCAAAUUAGAUGAUCUAUACAUGACAUCCUUGUGGACUUUCUCAGAAAUAAGGGUGAUACCCCCUUCAGGCAAGAUGCCACAGUGCCGGCACUGCUUGCCCCAAGCUGGGAGAGCCAGAGCCUGCUUCAUUAAAAGGGUGUUUUAAUUAGAUUAUCCUGGAUGUAAUUUGGCAAACUCUGAGCAAGGGCUGGCUUUUGAUGAGGGUGUAUUGAAUGUUAACAGAGGUCAUUUGAUUGGAAGGGCACCUGGAAGGGAUGGGAGGACUUGUACCUUGACACCAAUUCUAGGAACUUGAGUUACAACCAGCUGAGAAAGAAAACUCCAUGCCUAAAUUAAAUGAAGAUGUUCUAAUGGGGAAAAUUUACUUACUUUUACUAGCUAGGAUAAUUUUUUUUUUUUUUUGGUUGAUUUGGUGUUCUUUAUCCAAGAAUACCACAUAUUCUCUGACACUUCCUGGAAAAAAAACAUCAAAGGAGGUGGGUAGUAUCAUUUGGGAUCAAAAUAAUAUUAAUUGCUACUCUUUAAAUAUUGGGUAAUAUUUUCCAGUCAUCUUGUCAUGUGGUUACAUAUAUACAUUCCAAAUAAUGGAGCUUAUCAAACUCACUUGGUGAUGAAGAACUUGCAAUUUUUUUCAAGUUCACAAGAAUGGUCACUAGCAGAGCUGGGACUAGACCUCUGGUUUGAAUUUGCCUAAAGGUAACAUGGUUCUCCUCUCAACCCAAGGCCAACCUACUGUCUCUUAAUUUAUUUAUACACUCCCUAUUCCAAAUAUAUCUCAGGCAGUACAAAGGCACUUGAAACCAAAAUACUAAAAGCAGGCCUAUUGAAGGGAAGGUAGAUAUGAAAAUAAAUAAUAAUUUGGGGAUUGUCUUUGAGUUUCCUUUUCCUAGGAUCCUACUGAGAGCUAACUCUGCCCUGGACCUGGUAUUUUGUCCGGUUCCAGCACCUUCCAUUAUUACAGAGCCCUUCAUUUGUGACUUCCCCAGGAUGCCCUCCCAACUCUGGAAACUGACCUGCUGACAAGUCCUUCCUUAUGGCCUCCUCUGAUAGCUGCACUGUCUUCUUAGUGGAGCUGAAAACCUGUAUCACCUCCUUUUGUCUGAACUUAGAGCAUUUCAAGUCUCUAAUGGUCACUUGCUUCACCAUGGAUAUAUAUCAUCUUUAUAUACCUGUUUAUGUGGUAGUAUGGAGAUCUUCAUUUUCCUCUCUCUCAGCACACCUGAGACUGACUUCAAAUGUUAAACCUUUUAAUAAAUGGUUUAAAUACCUUCUGAAUAUAAAUUUAUGAAUCAUUUUCUUCAUACAUUUGUUAACAUGUAUCAAGUUUACAAGUAGGAGUUUUUAUAUUUUGUGAAUCAAAUUGGAAAAUCUUCCCAAUUAUUUUGAAUCCAGAAUAGGACAGGCAUUGGUAUUACUUUGGAAAUAUAAAAUAACUCAGUAAUAAAAUUAUUUGGGUCAAUAAAAAGAGCAGAAUAAAGUAAAAGAUUAUCAAUUCCCAUCUUAUCUCGUUUAGCCUAUUGUUCAGUAAAAUUUAAUAACACAUAC